UGCUGGUUUUGGAUUGAUUGACUACCAAGAAAAUUAUUUAAAGGACAAUCCAAAUAAGUCAAGCCUCUUAGGAGACCAAACCAAACGCGCAACGACCAAGACCCAAAGCUACUCCUCUCUCUGUCUCUCUCUAAAAUGUGAAUCCAGGAAGAGAAUUGCUCAUACAGCUAAGCUUUGAAAAGGUUUGGAAGAAAAACCAUGUUUGUGUAGGUAGAAAAAUCUCUGGCCGUGUUUUAGUUCUGUCACUUUCACUCUGUCUACUAUAACAAAGGACUUCGACACUUGUUUUGUUUUGUAUAUACUUUCACGUUUUCGUUCUCUCUAAUAUUUUCCAUUUUCUCUGGUCUCUGUUUCCAUUUCUAUCCAAUCCUUACUCCUUUCACCUUCAAAUUCGAUCCGGGCUUGUCUCUUUGUAGGAGUUUCUGUUCAAUUAACCAACUGGGUUUUCCUUCCUCUGUUUAAUCCUCUAUAUAAUUCAUUCAAUUCCUUCAUUUUCUGUCAAGGAUUUCACUUUUCCAGAGUUUCUGUCAUUUCUCCUUGUUUUCUUUCUGGGUUUUCUCUGUUUCAGCUUUUGAGCUCUUCUUUUGAUCUCUGUGAUAUCAAGCUAGCAUUUUUACAACUUCUAUUACAUACCCAAUUUGAGACUAGAGCCUUGAGUUUUUGUUUAGAGGUUUGAUUAAGAAAUGAAGUGUUUCUUUCCCUUCAAAUCCAAGAACAAACAAAAGGAGUCAAAAUCAGCUCCGGAUUUGAGAAACAAAAGCGACUCCUUAACUCCGGUAUUAGACCGUGCCUCGAAAUCUUUACCUUCACCAAGAAGCAUACCAGAAUUAUACAAAGAGAAGGAGCAGAAUUUGAAGGUUUUCUCACUGCAAGAGCUCAGGGAUUCAACCAAUGGCUUCAGCAGGUCGCAAAAGCUUGGUGAAGGAGGCUUUGGGAGUGUGUAUAAAGGAAUAAUCAAGCCCAAAAAUGGCAAGGGUAGUCCAAUUUUGGUUGCCAUAAAGAAGUUGAAUCCACAUAGCUUACAGGGUCAUAAAGAGUGGCUAGCAGAGGUUCAAUUUCUUGGUGUGGUAAAUCACCCAAAUCUGGUAAAGCUUCUAGGAUAUUGCUCUAUAGAUGGAGAAAGAGGGAUCCAACGGCUAUUGGUAUAUGAAUAUAUGCCUAAUAGGAGCUUAGAAGAUCAUCUUUUCAAUAGGGCUUUGAACCCUCUUCCUUGGAUCACUAGGUUACAAAUAAUGCUUGGUGCUGCUCAAGGAUUGGCUUAUCUACACGAGGGACUGGAAGUCCAGGUGAUAUAUCGAGAUUUCAAAUCCUCCAACGUGCUCUUGGAUGAGGACUUUAAGCCGAAGCUCUCAGACUUCGGGCUUGCUAGAGAAGGGCCCAAGGGUGACCGUACUCAUGUAUCGACAGCUGUGGUAGGGACUUAUGGAUAUGCUGCCCCGGAGUAUGUUGAAACAGGCCAUCUUUCCAUCCAUAGUGACUUGUGGAGUUUUGGUGUGGUGCUGUAUGAGAUCCUCACUGGGAGGCGUGUCUUAGAAAGACAUCGGCCAACGGCGGAGCAGAAGCUUCUUUAUUGGGUUAGACAGUACCCUGCAGACAGUAAAAAAUUCAGCAUGAUAAUAGAUCCACUUCUGAGAGACCAGUAUCCUAUUAAUGCAGCUCGGAAAAUUGCCAAGUUGGCAGAUAGCUGCCUAAACAAGAAUGCAAAAGACCGGCCAACAAUGAAUCAGGUAGUAGAGAUCUUGAAGCAAGCUAUACAAGAUUCAGAAAAGGGUACCAACUCUGUAAAUAACAAUUUUGGGGCAUCUGGGUCUAAAAUGGGUAGAAAGAACCCCAAGUUGAGGUGAUAUAAGAGAGAAGCCUGUGAUCAAAUCAAACGAAAGCAUUAUUAAUAGUGUCUACUGUGACUAUGUUCUAUUUAAAUUUUUUAACAGGUUGAAAUGAUUGGAUAUGUGGAAAUGGGAAGUUUUGUAAAAGUUCCAAUUAUGCAGACUUCAAAUAUUUUUAACCUCUA